GAAAAAUCCAGAAAACCGCCAUCCCCUGCCAUGCUGCGUGCCACCCUGACAGGCUUGCUGCUGCCGGCGGCUGCGGCGCUGGAAUGCGAGCAAAUUCACCAGGAUGACCGUAUCGACUGCUUGCACGGAGACGAGGACUCGUGCCGCGCAGCUUCGUGCUGCUGGAGCCCAGUGGAUCCUAAUCCGGGGAACCUGCCGUGGUGUUUCUUCAGCAAUCGCACCAUGCAGUCCUGCACGCUGGGCGGGGAUGUCAAGGAGCCUUUCUCGGACGCGGAGGUGGCCGAGGUGCUGAAGCUCUUUGAGGCGAAUCUGGACGCGGAGGGCAGCGGGGAGGUCAUGGCGUCCCCGGACCACGCCACGGGGCCUGGAGGGGACUACUACUUCGCCUGGGCCCGGGAUGGUGCCUUGAGUAUGCACGCCUACCUGCAGACCAAAGGCCUGAAAGGCGCAGAGGAGAAGAUGGAGAAGUGGAUGGCCUGGGUGGAGCGGUCUAUUAACCAACCAGACCCCAACAACAUCGACAUCCUCGUGGAGCCCAAGUACUUGAUCCCCCAGGGCACGCCCUACACGGGCGGCUGGUGCCGCCCUCAGAACGACGGCCCCGGGCUCCGCGCCAUCACCGCCAUGGCGCUGGCGGCGGAGAAGCCUGAAGCGGGCGCCAGGGUGUGGGAGCUGGUCAAGCGGAACCUGGAUUGGGUGGCUGCCAACUACAGCAGUGAGACCUGCGAUCUUUGGGAGGAGGUGCGCUCCACUGACUUCUUCUGGAAUCGCUACACCAUGCGCAAGGCUCUGAUCUUGGGCUCCAGGUUCGCACACUCAGUUGGCAAGGAUGAGGCCAGGGCCAUGAAGUACGAGGCCGCGGAGAGCCGCAUCACAGAAGCGCUGAGCGGCCACUUCGACUCCAAGAGCUUCGUCAUCGAGUCCACGAACCGGCAGAAAGACACCGCGGUGAUCGAGGCCUUCAACGUGGGGGACAUGGGCGACGGCUACUGCGGGUCCCUCACCAAGCCGGUGAUAGUUACGCUGUCAGGCCUCAGCGACUUGUUCUGCAAGAGCUACGCCGUGAAUCAGAAGGCCGCUGCGGCUGGAAUCCCAGGAGUUCUCUUCGGUCGCUAUGAAGGAGACAGCUACGACGGCGGCAACCCUUGGGUUUUGCUCACCGCCUCCGUUGCCACACUGCUCUACCGCCAGGCCCAGGAAUUUCCGACUACAUUGAUGGGGAGCGAGGACAAGGAAAUGCUGAAGAAGCUCCUGGGUCGCGAGGUGACGGUGCAGAAUUUGGUGGGCGCAGGGGAUGCACUCCUCCUUCUCAUGAAGAAGUACUUGACCAACGGAAUGCACAUGAACGAGCAGAUCGAUCGCAAUGACGGAAGCCUGAAAUCUGCCAAGGACCUGACCUGGAACUACGCAAACGUCCUGAAGGCCAUGAACGCACGCAAGGCGGCCCUGGCCACUACGACCCUGGUGAUCUGAGGCCGGCAGCUGAGCGGGUCAAAAAGUGGGUACCCAAGUGGAUCGAAGGACUAAAGCCUGCGAUGCCUGCGGUUUUCUGGUGGCUUAAUUUUGACACUCUGUGUGUCAAAACCAAGCCCACAGGCCAAAGAGGUGGUUUUCUUUUGGUGGCCC